GGAGCAGCAGUGCCAUCCCCUGGGCUCCAACUCAAUUGGCGACGAAACAACACUGUAGUAGCCUCCAGCGAGGAGAUAUAAGUUGCGGCGUCGACGAAGCCCUAACCGCAGUUGUGUGACCGCGUUCGGCGGGUGAGCACGGUAAAAAGAGACAGGUGUGGAACGGGAAUACCUCGCAAAGCCGUCGGAUUUGUUGUGGUCUGCCUUAAAAUAGUUACAGUUCGUAAAUUAGCCGCGAUCGGUGACAGUGCCCCGAUAGCCAGAUAAGGCAUUUGAAGUUCCGGGAAAGUGACUCCGAGUCGCAGCGCAACCAUGUGGAGGAGGUGUCGCACCCAUUUACCCCUGGCCACGAUCUUGAUUUGUGCUUCGGCUGUCCUGGCCCAGGACUUUGGCUACGAGGGCAGACAUGGACCCGAGCACUGGAGCGAGGAUUAUGCCCGCUGCAGUGGCAAGCACCAGAGUCCCAUUAACAUCGAUCUGGUCAAUGCUGUGGAGAAAAAGUUUGAGAAACUGGAGUUCUUGAAUUUCCACGUGAAGCCCAGGAAUUUCCAGAUGACCAACAAUGGCCACACGGUCUUGGUAAAGCUCACCUAUGACGAGGACAAGGUGCCGAGUGUGAGGGGAGGUCCUUUGUCAGAGAAGACCCUAUUGGGUUACCAGUUCGAGCAGUUCCACUUCCACUGGGGCGAGAACGAUACGGUGGGCAGUGAGGAUCUGAUUGAUAACCGUGCCUAUCCCGCCGAGCUUCAUGUGGUCUUGAGGAACCUCGAGUAUCCUGAUUUUGCUAGUGCUCUGGAUAAGGAUCAUGGCAUUGCCGUGAUGGCAUUCUUCUUUAAGAUUAACUACAAUUCCUCUGGAGGCUACGAGGCCUUUGCAAAGUUACUCCCUGAGAUCGACCGGAAGGGCAAGUCAGUGAACAUGACGAAUCCCAUUGCUCUGGGGGAGUUCAUUUCCAAACAAUUGGAUAGCUACUAUAGCUACACCGGUUCCCUGACCACUCCGCCAUGCAGUGAGGAGGUUACCUGGAUUGAUUUUACAGAACCCAUCGACAUCACAGAGAAGCAGCUGAGUGCCUUCCGCCUGCUGACAGCCAACGAUGACCACCUGAAGAACAAUUUCCGACCCAUUCAACCCCUUAACGAUCGCACGUUGUAUAAAAACCUUGUGGAGACACCGAUUUACAACAUGGGCUCCAUACCGUUCGUCAAUGCGGCCAACGCGGCUGACAGAUGGGAACCCCACUUCGUGUCCGCCCUGCUCCCCUGUUUUGGCCUCUUGACCUUGAUAAGAGCCACCGUUUUCAGGGGUUUUUAAUUAGAACUCUGCGACGGGGAAUCGAAGGACGCGCACUUAGGCGUCCAAUUAGGCGCUGCAAUUUACAUGUUCUACUCCUGUUCCUCGUCGACGUUGUUGUACCAAGCACGAGUCCCGUCUCGUAAUUUCCUCGGCACGCGGGGGUCCUGCCGGCAGGACACCCAUAUACGGAGACAAACAAACUACCGGGGCCGAGUAAUUAUUAAAACGAAGCCUCAGUUGCUAGCACGAUACCCUUACUCAUCAAUUAUGUAGCACCUGUCGCCGGAACUGUCAACCGCAUUGUAUUCAUGUCCGUGUCUGUUUUUGUACCCCUCAUCCGUCCAAAAGGACGUUUCAUAUCCGUCUCCUCAAUGGAGUCGUUCACCUGGUAUUGCACAUUGUGAUUUUUAAAUCGUGUAUUCUAGCUUUAGGCUUUGGCAAACAUUAAGCUGUAAUAAAAUGUAUUCGUUUUUAUUUAAUUA